CCAUUUCUUUCAUGCUUUUCCGCUUCCGCCUGGCCCAGGAUACGUUUGGCAAUCGCGUGUACUACUCGGACUGAAAACAUACGCCGAAUUCGUUCAUUGGCUUCUGCCCGAAUAGCCGCCGGACGUCGUUUUGUGUUUAUGAUACGGUAUCCGGGAGGAUUUCGGUCCAAACACGGCAAAACAACACGUAUAACACUUGAGAUGGUGACUUCUCGGAAUAAUUUUCUUGUGAAUUCGUGAAUUUUGUGCGAUGUUGAAGUUCAUCCGGGGCAAAGGACAGCAGCCCACUGCUGAGCAGCAGAAGCUUCAAAAGGAUCUAUUCGGGUUCAGGAAGACUGUUCAGCAUGGUUUCCCCAACAAACCAACUGGAUUGGCCUGGGAUCCUGGUCUAAGACUAAUCGCUAUCGGAACAGCAACUGGAGCUAUUAAAGUUCUUGGAAAACCCGGUGUUGAAUUUUAUGGUCACCAUCCGAGCUCAGAUCAUGCUGUGACUAAGUUGGUUUUCAUUCCAAAUGAAGGCCGGCUUGUCUCAUUAUGCGAUGAUAAUUCCUUACAUUUAUGGGAAAUCAAUGAUACUCUGCUGGUUGAAGUGAAAGUGCAAACUUUGGAGGGGAAGUUGAAAAAAGUUUCUGCCGUCACAGUUCAGUCCACGAAUGAACAUGUCUUGCUUGGCACGGAAGGUGGAAAUAUCUAUCUACUCAAAUUACCAUCAUUUGAGGUGUCCGAUACAGUUAUAUUUCAAGAUGUCAUCAUUCAAAACGUGUCCGAGGAUUACAAGCUUAAUCCAGGUCCGGUUGAAGCAAUUGCAGAACAACCUGGGGACCCUGAUUUACUUCUGAUUGGCUACAACCGAGGAUUGAUGGUCCUAUGGAGUCUCAAGAAAGGAGCACCCAUUAAAACUUACAUCUGCAACCAAGACUUGGAAAGUGUCUGCUGGCAUGAAUCUGGCAAGAAAUUCAUGUCCUCGCAUACUGAUGGUAGUUACGCUUAUUGGGAUGUUGAUACAACAGAUGGACCAAUGGAGCCGCCCACUACGGUUUAUGGCCCCUUUCCGUGUAAAGCCAUUCCAAAAAUUCUUCUGAAAUCAGCCUAUCAGGAGCCUCAUGAUGAAAUGCUGAUUUUUAGUGGUGGGAUGCCUCGAGCAAGUUACAGCGAUCGUCAUACAAUAACCGUCCAGAGAGGACAAAAACAUGUAGUUUUUGACUUUACCUCCAAAGUAAUUGACUUCUUCACGAUCGAUGCCACUGAUGAUGAAACAGGCAUUACAGCACUGAUAGCAUUGGCUGAAGAAGAAAUUGUUGGCAUCGAUCUGAAACAUGAAGAAUGGCCCAUGCUGAAUCUUCCGUACUUGGUUUCUCUGCAUGCAAGUGCCGUUAUUUUCUCAACUCAUCUGUCUGAUGUUCCGCAGUCUCUGUGGAAUGAUAUUGUUACAGCCGGGAAAGUGCAAACAGAAGGAAUUUACUCUGAUGCUGAAUGGCCAAUAGAUGGUGGUGUAUUGAAAGAAGAAAAAGGUAGCGUCAGACAUAGAGACCUUCUAUUGACUGGCCAUGAAGAUGGCUCUGUCAGAUUUUGGGAUGCUGGCGGUGUUGCUCUUGUGCCACUCUACACUUUCAAGUCAUCACAGCUGUUUCGAAAUGAGGAAGAUGCAAUAUCCCUGAAUGGUGACGCCACAGAAGAAGAAGAGGAAGAGUGGCCUCCGUUUAGGAAAGUCGGAUGCUUUGAUCCAUAUUCAGAUGAUCCAAGACUAGCCAUUAAAAAAGUUUCUCUCUGUGGUGUUUCCGGGACUUUAGCGAUUGCAGGCACUGCAGGUCAUGUUAUCAUUGCUAAGUUAUCUCUCUGUCCUGCCGAAAACUCUAAAGUUAAGGUUUGCCCUGUGAAUUUAGUCAGUGAAAGGGACACUUUCGUUUGGAAAGGUCACGAGAAGCUGACUUUAAAAGGCAAAGUCGAAGACAAUGCAACCACUCUCUCAUUCCCUGUUGGUUUUCAACCAUCAUCAGUUCUACAGUUGCACCCACCUGCUGCAGUUACAGCUCUGGCUCUCAACGCUGACUGGAAUCUGGUUGCAGCUGGCACAGCCCACGGUCUUGCAGUGUAUAACAUUGCAACUUGCACCCAAGUAUUGAGCAAGUGCACCCUCAAUCCCAACAGUAAAGAGAUCCAGCUACGACAUCGAGCACCAGUUAUAGGCAUUUCGAUUGUAGAUGGAGCUUGCAGGCCUUUGCCAGAGCCUUUUGAAGUUGAAAAGGGUCUGUGCAAACCUGUGGACAUUACUGCUCCUCAUCGUGUGAUCAUUGGAUCUGAGGAACAGUUCAAGAUUUUCACCCUUCCGAAUUUGAAACCCUUGUGCAAGUUGAAACUGACAGCGGUUGAAGGGGCUAGAAUACGAAAAAUGUCCUUAGCGUCAUUCUCAUACUCGUCAAGCAUGGCCGCUCAUCUGCCUAACGGUGAAACUUGCCUCCUAUGUCUCACUAAUCUCGGCGAGUGUAUAGUUUUCAGUAUUCCUGAUUUGCGACGGCAAAUUAACGCAGCAGUCAUCAGAAGAGAGGACAUAAAUGGUAUAUCUAGCUUAGCAUUUACAAGACAUGGCGAAGGGUUGUACCUACAUUCAAGCAGUGAGUUGCAGCGUAUUACGGUUUCCGCCUCGCGGAUCACAGUACCCCACUGCACUCUGAAUUUGCCCAGCAUUUCAAAAGAGUCAAGCUCUCCUGAAAAGAAAGAACCCACACCCAUAGCCUCAACAAGCCCCUCUCUCAAGGCGCCACUAGCUGUGAUUUCCAAUGGGAUCCCUGAAGAGGAUGAACUAGAGGAAGAAGAAGAUGAGGAGACGCAACCUACUGAAAACGGACAAGAAAAAACUGAUGAUAAAAAAGAAAUUAAAGAGAAUGGCAUAACUGACACCACCAUCAGCAGUCAGGAUGUGAGCUCGAUAACUAUAGAUUCUGUCAGAGAUCAUCUCGCCAAGAAGGAAGUUCAGUCAGACUUGAGUCAAACUUCAGUCUCAUCGAAUUUAGCUGAAACGGAAUUUCCAGAAACAGGAUCUACUGAGCAAGUAGAAACUGCAUCUGCUGUAGCCUCAGCAGUUUAGCCUCUGAAACCCAUACAAGUUUCUAUUGAGCCUCUCAGAGGGAUAGUUAUGUAAGUUUACUGCAACAUUGCCAAGAUUUUAUGCAAUGUUACCCAAACUGUGCAAUUAUUGUUUCUUUUUUUCUCUCUCUCUUUCUCUCUUUUGCCACUAAUGAAAUGUGUCUAACCUAAGAAAAUUUCUCUGCAGAAAGGAAUAAUGCAGAUUUUUUUUUUUCAUUUUCCUGCAGUGCUUGAAAGACUGCUUAAAACCAUAAGACAGAGGAUUUGUCCUUAGCCUUUAAAUUGGCAGAAUUCUGGAUGUCAGAAUGUGCUCAUACCUCUUAUAAUUUAAGAGCUUAAUUUUCUUCCUUUAAACUUAAUUGGCCUAAACGUAUGUACUCUCACUAAUUCAUUUAACAAGUGUGUUGGAUGACCAGAAAGUUCCAAGACAGCUGAAUGUAUUAUGAUAGUUGUAUGCAGUCAGGGACUGACCAUUUUUGGAGAAAAGCAAAUAAGCUAAUUUGGUUUCUCUUAAUAGCCAACUACAUUCUUUAGACAGCAAGAAAAAUCCACCUUUCUUAGUAUCUGGAUCCUCAUUGAGUAGAAAUCAAAAAAAGAAGAGAUUACUGUUAUCAUUCCCAAGUCUGGACUUAGAUGGAACAAACAUGGCUUCAUUUUAAUGGAUUCUAUCCUCUUAAGUGAUAAAUACUUUUCAGUUCUAAAUUAUUUUUUCAAAAUCAAUUCAAGUUCCCUGUUUAUGCCAAGGAAAUCGACAUCUGAAAUAAAUCUUUUUUUCAUUGCCGCCCCCAAGAGCAAUAAACAGAAUCCAUGUGACGACUUAAUUACAAAGUUUUUGAGUUUUUAUGGGAAUCAAUCCUACAGGUUCGGAUAUCAGCAAUGCACAUUUAGGUAAUCUCUAAUAUUUGAGAUCUGUAAACUUGUUUCUCAUUUGUAACUGUUAAAAAUACAUUCAGUUGUUGCAGGGCUUUGUCUAUGUUGACUGUGAUGCAAUGACAAUGAAACUGUUAAUUGUCUCUAAAAGAGACUCCAAACUCAUCAUUUUACUUAUGAAGUGUUAACACUUCCGUUAUGCAUUUUGUCCCAAAGAACGCAUACAAAUUUGCUGUUCAUCAAGAGUGCCUCUCUCGCAAAACGUUUCAGAAUAAUUGAAAUCACCAUGUUAUGUCAUUUGAUCCCUCUCUGCACCAAUAUUUUUGUUGCCCCACCACCUACUUUUUAGUUGAAACCCAUAUUGUGAUGCAUUUGUCUUAAUAGCCUACAAUUUAUCGUUGCACCUUGUCACUUUUUCGUAGGGUGCACUAAAGGAUAAUGAGGAAUCAUGUCUAAUUAAUUGAAUAAGUUGCAACAUUAAUCAAAUCUGGAUAACCGUACUAAUUGCAGUUUUAGAGGUGUACUUAGGCUGUUCUCAUAGAUUUGGUAUGAACUUUCAAGAAUAAAAUAUCAAUUUGACAGUUAAUCUAAGUUAAAUGUGAGCCACAACACCAAAAAUUGAAAGGUUGUAAUUACUGAAUAAACAUAUUGGCUUAUUUGUCUAGUCUAGGUCUUCUAUGAACAAGGUUUUUUUUCCUCUUUCUGUUUUCCUUCGUUAAAUGCUCACUAAUUUAGGUUCUAACCUCAGUUUUUAUUAACUUAUGAGAUGCAAUGCCUUGUUGAUCAAUUUUGGGAGAACAAUUCACUAGAAUUUCCGUAUUAAUUUUGCUUUUCUGCACUUAGGGAAGUUAAAAAUAGGCAAUUUUAUUUUAUUGUACAGAACAAAUUAGUGAUGGCGGACAAAUGAAUGCCAGUUGAAAAAGAGAGUGGCUAACAAAUCAGAAGAAAGAUGACUCCAUCUUGAGGAAGAAAAAGUUGAGCGUACUUUGCCUAAUGCCUUAUAAGUGCAGAACAAAAUUAGUAAAUUGAUUUUUUUUAAUCCAUUGUUGCCACAGCUGAAGCUCUUUGCAAAAGCUGGACUUAGAGGUGAUGCAGAGCACCCCACAAACCCUUCAUAGGAAUGUCCGCCCACACCAAUUUUCUAUCUCUCUUCCAUAGCUAUCUUCAAGUAGUGAAAGUUUUGAAGCCCAUGAGUUAAUAAAUCACAUUAUAUAUCAGUGGUGAAACUCCUAAGCCACAUAACGCGGUUUGUGACGUUGCAGACUUCCCGUCAUACUUUAUUUUUUAAUUGGAAAACUAUUCAAAGGCGAUUCUUCAAAACUGUCAUGAUUUUUUUCUUCUCUGUGAGAGGAAACCUCUGAGAAAAUUUCAAAGAAUUAUGCUGAUUUAUUCUUCCCUGACAAAAUAAAAUAGGUGCAGAGAUUUUAAAACACCGAAAAAGAGUUAUGUGGUUUGGGAGUUUCACCGUUGAUAUGUUGAUACGAAAGAGACUCAAGCCAUUUUUGACUGAUACUUCCUCAUUAAAAAUAUUAUUUUACAUUUUAUUCUGUGUUUUGACGGAUCAUCAAAUUAGGAUUUAUCGCUCUGGAAGCAAUUUUAUCAGAAGUAGUAGUUUACAUGCAGGAGCUUGUCGUGAUAUUUUCGACAGACUUCUUUCUUUAUGACUGAACCCCAUUAAUCAUAUCGAUUAAUUUAAGUGAAGAUUUUCUCCACUGUCUAUAUUGGCCUUUCAAUUUUUAUUUAAAAUUGCUCAUUUGUGUCAGUCGGUGUUCCUCUAUCAAAGCAAAUUCCAAAAUUUACUAUUUUAAUGGUGAUUAUUUUCAUUUUUGGUGGACUCUGGACUGUUAACUUUAUUCCUCCGUGGAAGAAGUAAGAUUAAGUUUCUCCUUUUGGGAAGUUAUGUGCCUUUUAUUAGAAUAAAAAGCAAUUAAGUGCUAGAAAAAUGACUAAUCGAAUUUUAUGGUUGAGAUUACUUUUAUGUAUAUAUAGUUGUUUAAUGUGUCGCAAGUGAGGUUUAGCUCCCAUUUUUUUGCAUUUAUAUUGUGUAAAUAAAUUUUCACAAGUCAUAA